ACGUGAGGAAGACGGUUUCCAAAGGCAGGUGAAGAAAGUACGCGUCCUUGAUGAAAUCAGUGGACAGAGAACUAUGGACACUGAAGGGAAGGUGGACAUGAACGGAUGUGAGCUGGUGGGAAAGCAGCAGCUGUUGGCAGCAAAGGAGGAGGCAGAAUUGGCUGAAGAGGAGACAAGAUGGUACAAGAUAAGACUUGAAGAAUGUCACGGGCAAAUGCGGGAAGCAGAGAUCACUUGGAGACACCAGGUCACUCUUGCCGAGAAGAAGGCCCAAGACAGCUCGCUCAGGGCUCAGGAGCUGGAGAGGGAAAUCUCUGAAUUGAGAAGGGAAAACUCUGACCUGAGAAGGGAAAACUACUCUGAGCUGAGAAGGGAAAACUCCUCUGAGCUGAGAAGGGAAGUUGCCCACCUGAAACAGAGAUUGGAUGCAAUCUGCAGAUGGAGGCAGGCAGAGGAAUACAUGAGGCAGGAGCCCACCCCAGGAGGACCGUACAGGCUGCACCCUCCCCUGAGAGCUUCAGGGCCGGGUGGCACCCCUGUUAGGAAUGGCACCGCCUUUCCGGCAAAGGAGGCAGAGGAAACCAAAGUCACCCCGUGGGCCGGAGGGCCCCAACCUUUCCGAGAACCAGCCUGCGUGGCCUGUCCCGGGUGUGGCCCGUCGUCGCCCAGCUGGGCACCUGCACCUGGUCCCCCUUGGUGCCAUGUGCAAACUCGCCCCCCACCGCCAGCUGCUCCGCUCGAUGGUGUGUCAGUGCAGCACUUUCCAGAAGAGAGAGGAAGAGAAUCUUGCUGGGAUGAGGAAGGGGCGGCUGAGCCCGAAAUCAGAAAACCGGAAUACGCUAGUGGGGCUGUAGGAAUGGCUCCGCAGGAGCUGACAGAUCAUAACACACUGAACUCAGAUGGUGGAGCACACGGAGCUUAUUAUACACUGGCCGACGUGGGACCUGGCCCGGCUCCGGUGUGGCCCGGCAGCGCCCGCCCACCUGCGGCGGCCCCGGAGGCCCAGACUCAAAACUCUUGCCCAGGAGCCAGUGGGCUGCUUCUCCCGGGAGCCCGUCGCCUUGGCUGGUGCCUGCAGGAGCCAUGAGGGAGUGCUUAGG